AAUGAGUAGAGGUUUCUUUCAAAGUCAGCAACACAUAUGGGGAGGAGUAUCAGCUGGAAUUUUGAUACUAUUUUUUGGUUGUUCAAUUUUUUACUGCUUCAAGAGAAAGCUUUUUGCAUGCUUUAGGUUACCGGAGAACCAAAAAGGAACUCUAAAAGCUGAACAACUGAUGUUGAAGCCCUUCCAGUUGGAACAAUUGCAGAAGGCAACUAAUAAUUUCAGUCAAGAGUGUCUGGUUGGUUCUGGUGCAUUUGGAAAUGUCUAUCGAGGGACAUUUGAUGAGGAGGGAACACUAGCUAUAAAGAAGGCGCAUACUGAAUCAUACACAAGUACUGAAGAGUUUGAAAAUGAGAUCAGGUUGGUCUCGAAAGUGAAGCACAAAAAUCUCGUUAGCUUGGUGGGAUUCUGCCAAGGAGCUGGUCCAAAGGGAGCAAAAAUUCUGGUGUAUGAGUAUGUUCCAAACGGUUCUCUGUUAGACUACAUCAUGGGGAGGGGCGGAAGGAGCUUAACAUGGAGGCAGAGAGUGACGAUAGCUAUUGGAGCUGCUAAAGGGAUAGCUCAUCUGCAUGAAGGAAUCAGACCAAGUAUAAUUCACCGGGACAUAAAACCAAGCAAUAUCUUAGUAGGAGAAAAUUUUGAAGUCAAGGUCUCAGAUUUUGGGCUAGUGAAAUCAGGUCCUAUUGGGGAUCAAUCACAUGUUAGCAGUCAGAUAAAGGGGACACCAGGGUACCUUGACCCUGCCUACUGUACGUCUCUCCAGUUGACUCCGUUUACUGAUGUCUACAGCUAUGGUGUAAUACUACUGCAGCUUGUUGCAGCUAGACCUGUAGUCGAGAAAACUAGAGGUCAUCCUAAUUAUCACAUUAUAGAUUGGGCAAGACCUAGCUUAGAACGAGGAAGCAUCGAUGAAAUAAUAGAUGCUAAUCUCUUAAUGGAGGAAUGCAACAUGGAAAUGAUGCUGAAGAUGGGACAACUAGGACUGAAAUGUGUGGUCAAAGUCCCCAAAGAAAGGCCUACCAUGACUCAAGUGUGGCAAGAACUGGAGACUGCCUUCUUUUCUACAGAAAAUAUCAUAGAUAAACAACCUUCAAAUGGUUCCUUCAAAUUGUCAAACCGAUCACUCGUAAGGGGAAGCCAUAGAAUGAAACAACUUGAUUAUUCUCAAAGCUCAGUUAGCAUAGACGGCAUUAGAUUGCAGAAAUUUUACAUGGACAUAGAUGGCCUAUCCUUUGGGAGUGCAAAGUUGAGAUGCUUAGAUACCUGUAGUAUAAGCUUUGAAGAUGACUCAUUUGAACUGACAGGAACUUCCGAGGAAACAAGCACAAGUGGAAACGAAGAGCAUAGGCUUAACAUAUAAUAUCAGUUAAAGUUUGAUUAAUGUAAGUCGGCAAAGAACAUAUUUUAGGUUCUCUCUAUUGGGAGUUUCUCCAUUCUCAAGCCUCAA